GACGAACAUUUCCAGAUAAACUUUCGGCUUCUGUGUAAAAAGUUUAUGUUAAAAAACGAGGAUGCAGCCCCCACCGAGAAAGGUAAGACUCACUCAGGAGCUGAAACACACUCAGGCCGAGCAGAUGAGCCAGUUACAGAUCAAACACCAGACAGAGUGUGAGCUGCUGGAGGAUCUGAGGACUUUCAGUCAAAAGAGGGCGGCUGUAGAGAAAGACUACGCCCAGGCUCUUCAGAAGUUGGCAAAUCAGUAUCUGAAGAGGGACUGGCCGGAGAGUGUGGCUGAGAAAUCAGCCGAUCACAGGAACAUGUUCUGUGUGUGGAGGGCGUAUUUGGAGGGUACAGUCCAGGCCACCCAGUCCAGAGUCGGCGCCUGUGAUAACUAUAAAGUCCAGGUCGGAGAUUCAGCAAAGACGGCCCGACUGCAGAAGGAGCAGCAGCUCCGGAAGUGCAUCGAUCAGCUGACGGCGAUCCAGGCUGAGCUGCAGGACUCUGUGAAGGAGCUGACCAAGAGCAGGAAGAAGUACCAGGAGGCCGAGACGAUGGCGCAGGCUGUCCGAGAGAAGACCGAGCUCGAAACCAAGUCCAAACUCAGUCUCUUCCAGUCCAGGUCAAGUCUCCACAGAGCCACAUUAAAGCUGAAAGCCAAGAGGAGCGAGUGCAACUCUAAAGCGACCCACGCCAGAAACGACUACCUUCUGACCCUAGCAGCUGCUAACGCUCACCUGCAGCGGUACUACACUACUGACCUGACGGACUGCAUCAAGACUUUAGAUGGCAAGAUCUACGAGCAGGUAAAAGAUUACCUGGCUUCACUUUGUCAGACCGAACUGGAAAUGUACCAGGCCGCGCACAACACUUUCAACCAGAUCCUGAGCAGCACCAACGGGGUCCUUCAGGAGUUUCACCAGCAGAUGUUUGUGCAGAAGAACCUCCUGUUUCAGCAACCUUCAGGCUUCCUGUACCAGCCCAUCGACUCGGAUACGGUGAUGCAGCUGCAGAGAGAAAGUGGAACAGCGGAAGAACACAACUUGGAUAAGGAAGCGAGGAAGUGGGCGAGCCGGGUGGCCCGGGAGUACAAGAGCAUCAUCCACACACAAAAGGCCUUAGAGGAGUACGGGGCUCAGGAGGCGUUGGAGCAGAACGGUGACCUCGAGACCAAGAUGGAGGUGGCGAGGCAGAGUCUUCGGCGGGCCGAGACGGUUAAAGUGAAAGCCGAGGCCCGUCUGGACCAGCUGAGGCAGGCAGGAGUCGCUGUGGAAACAUGGCUGAAGAGUGCCAUGAACCAGGUGAUGGAGGAGCUGGAGAACGAACGCUGGAACAACCUCAGUACCCACGAUCCUUCACUCUCCGGAACAGCAGAUUUGGAGCGAGAGGAUGAGGAGGAGAUGGAGGACAGUGGGGAGGUGCUGGACGACAGCAGCUCCAGCCCCUCCAGCACCUUGAAAAACUAUCCACUCACCUGCAAAGUGCUUUACUCCUACAAGGCGUCUCAGCCAGAUGAACUCACCAUCGAGGAGCAGGAGAUCCUGGAGGUCAUUGAUGACGGAGACAUGGAGGACUGGGUCAAGGCCAGAAACCGCAGCGGGCAGGUUGGUUAUGUCCCGGAGAAAUACCUGCAGCUGCCCUCCUCCAACAGUUUACUGAGCAUGCUGCAGUCUUUGGCUGCGCUGGACGCCCGAUCUCAUUCCUCCAGCAACUCCACCGAACCCGAGACUGAACUCCAAACCAGCUCCGCCAACGGAGACUCCAGUGUGUCCUUUGCCAAGGCCUUGUACGACUACGCCGGACAAACGGCUGAAGAGCUGUCGUUUCCUGAAGGCGCCAUCAUUCGCAUCCUGAGCAGAGAGACCCACGAGGACGACGGCUUCUGGGAGGGGGAGUUUAACGGCAUCGUUGGAGUGUUUCCUGCGGUGCUGGUGGAGGAUCUCUCCGGCGUCAGCGAGAACGGAGACGGACAGAGAGAAGGCAGCGCGCAGGCGUCUCCCUCUACGUUGGCGCAGUGCGACCGCUCCCCCUGCAGUCCCUUUCAGUCCGUGCCUCUCCACAGCAGCCCCCUUCAGACCCCCACGACGUCGUCUCCCGGGUCGAGCCCCUGCAGCGCCACAGCCUCUCCCAUCGGCCGACUGCCCUCCUACCACAACGGACACCUCCGGCCGCCUCCGACUCCACACAAGAGCCCGUAUCACAGUCCAGCACAAGGGUCUCCUCAACCUCCUAAAUACCCCGAGGGUGGAGCUGGCACCAUCCGACCUGUUCGAGCUGCUCCUCCGCCCCCGAAGCAGCAUCCUCGUGGGCAGGUGAAGCCUCGGGAGGAGGUGGAGAUCACGCUGGUGUGAGACCGGCUGAAGACUUGUUCCCAGAGGAAAUACAGGAAACGUCCCCCUGCAGCCACCUGGGGCAGGAGAGACCCCUUGCUCAGACCUCGUGUGCUGCGGAGGAUCAUUGUGACUUCAUCACUUUAGUCCCUGUUCAGUUUUUCUCACACUCCACCAAACGUUGGUGGCCGAUCAUCACAGGGUCCAACAGCCAGCUGCUCCGUCUGGACGUAAAACAUGUUCAGUCCCAUCAAAAAUCCACUUCGAGUGUUAAAAAUAGAUCAAGUGACAACUUAAGGAAAAAAAGUAAACUCUGGAAUCAUUAGCUUAUUAUCAACUCAGAAUAAUGGUUUAAUUUCCACAACUUCUUUCAUACUUUGAGAAAUUCUUCUUAACUCCAUUUUGAUCCUUGGAGGUGAUUAUUUUAACUUUAAGACUAAACAUGGAGCUCAUUCUGUCCA